UUAAAGUUCAAUCAGAAUGGGCAGUCGCUCACACCCAUCUGGGCAGCAACAGAAGCGGGUCAUGGAGAGGUACCGCCAGGUUCACAACUGAUGAAAGCUGCGGACACCACUCCAACCCCCCGCACGCCACUUUACGAGGACAUUUACUGCUUGGGAGGAAACAGUGAUUCUUCAGCAGCAGCAUCCUAUCCAUCUGGGCGAAACGCGGCGGCACCCGCACCAACUUCGCUUCUUCCUCGGGGCUGUGACAGCACGAGGCCGCCGGGUUCCAAGUUGCCAAGACGAUGAACAUCCAAGUUAUGCCCGAACACAAGCUCUCAGCUGUUGCCCCUUUGAAACCUUACAAUGUGGAAAAGAAAGAAGUUGAACUAAUCCUGGUGAAAGACCAGAAUGGGGUCCAGUACACCAACUCCUCUAUUAUUGAAACCCCCAGUCCUCGCAAUUGCCCUACGCGCUCCGCGAGGGAUGCGGACAGAGAAACAUGGGGGAAGAAAUUGGACUUUCUAUUGUCAGUCAUUGGCUUUGCUGUGGACUUGGCCAACGUCUGGAGAUUUCCCUAUUUGUGCUACAAAAACGGCGGAGGUGCCUUCUUGAUCCCAUAUACCCUCUUCUUAUUCAUUGCCGGGAUGCCUCUAUUUUACAUGGAGCUGGCCCUGGGACAGUACAACAGGCAAGGCGCAGCUACGGUGUGGAGGAUAUGCCCCGUGUUCAAAGGUGUUGGCUACACGGUCAUCCUCAUUGCCUUGUACGUGGGCUUCUACUACAACGUGAUCAUCGCCUGGUCCCUCUACUACCUGUUCUCCUCCUGCACCAGCGUGCUGCCCUGGUACCACUGCAAGAACAAGUGGAACAGCCCCAACUGCACCGACCCGCGCUUCAUCAACGGCUCGGUCCUGGGCAAUGGGAGUUACGCCAAAUACAAGCUUACACCAGCAGCAGAGUUCUAUGAGCGUGGUGUGCUGCACAGCCACGAGAGCAGAGGGAUCCAUGACCUGGGCGUUCCCCGCUGGGAGCUGGUCCUCUGCCUGGUGGUGGUGGUGUUCAUCCUCUACUUCAGCCUGUGGAAAGGAGUCAAAUCAUCCGGAAAGGUGGUGUACGUUACGGCCACUAUGCCCUACGUAGUGCUGUUUGUGCUGCUGAUCAGAGGCAUAACUCUACCGGGAGCUUUAACGGGCAUCCGAGCCUACCUCUCCAUUGAUCUUCAGAUGUUACGAAAACCCUCGGUCUGGAUUGAUGCUGCGACUCAGAUCUUCUACUCCCUGGGAGCAGGCUUUGGAGUCCUCAUCGCAUUCGCCAGUUAUAAUAAAUUUGACAACAAUUGCUACAGGGAUGCGCUCCUGACCAGCACAGUGAACUGUGUCACCAGCUUCUUCUCAGGGUUCGCCAUCUUCUCCGUGCUGGGCUACAUGGCACAGAAACAUGGCGUGGGAAUCAAAGACGUGGCCACUGAAGGGGCAGGCCUGGUGUUCAUCAUCUACCCAGAGGCCAUCUCCACUCUCCCCCUCUCCACUCUGUGGGCCAUCAUAUUCUUCAUCAUGCUCCUGACUCUAGGCAUUGACAGCUCCAUGGGAGGUAUGGAGGCAGUUAUCACAGGUCUGUCUGACGACUUCACAUUUCUGAAAAGGAAUCGCAAGGUGUUCACUUUUGCCACCGCGUUUGGCACGUUCCUGGUUGCCUUGCUGUGUGUUACCAACGGAGGGAUCUACAUCUUCACCUUGCUGGACAACUACGCUGCCGGGACCUCCAUCCUGUUCGCAGUGCUGAUCGAGGCCAUUGGCGUCUCCUGGUUUUACGGCGUGGACAGAUUCAGUGAGGAUAUCGAGCGCAUGAUGGGCUUCAAGCCAGGCCUUUACUGGAGACUCUGCUGGAAGUUUGUCAGUCCAGCCUUCCUAUUGUUUGUGGUCAUUGCAAGUGUCGUCACCAGCAGCGGCUUAAAGUAUGAUGACUACAUCUUCCCCUGGUGGGCCAACGUGAUUGGUUGGAGUAUAGCCAUGUCCUCAAUGCUGUUCGUACCCUUCUACGCCAUUUAUAAGUUCCUCAGUGUUCCAGGCAGCUUCAAAGAGAGAAUAGCCUACUGUGUGACCCCGGAGCACGAACAUCACCUGGUGGCUGAGGGCAAUGUCAGGCAGUUUAAGCUCAAGCACUGGCUGGCCAUUUGAUGAAAGCAUCAUCCUCUGCUUUCGUCCCACCUCGUAUGUGGCAAGAGAUGGUGCAGGAGAAGGUGUUGCCCUCUGCAGAGGGGGGCUGCUGUGCGGCUGGCUGGCUGGCGUUGGAGGGAGGAGGGGAGGGGAGGUAGGGAGAAGCCCCACCGAGGAGGGUAGUAGCGAUGGUGAAUAGGGUGGAGCUCCAUCUUCUUUAAGUUCCGAACAAGAUGACCCCCCCACCCCCACCCCCACCUCCACCCCAACCCCACCCCCACCUCGCUCCAUUGCUGUUAAAUGGCUAUCGCUACAGUACGUUCCAGUGGACAACAUAACUGCUCUGUCCGUGUUCUUGCAUUCCCAGCCCUCCAACCCACACUCUUCACACCCCCACGCCAUGCACUCAAAGAUGAAAUGUCUCUUAAAACCUCGUACUUUACACACACAUAAAAUCAUGCUGGGAUACGACAGGUAUUUCAAACGAUUCCUCUUUUGGAGUGUCUGGUCUGUAUUUUUUGUAUUAUAUUUUUUAUUGGUUCAAAUGUGAUGUUUUCUUAACUUUGUUUCUGAAUGUCUCGAAAAGCCACACUACGGUAAUCAGAGAUGCCAAGCUGUCUGUGAUUUCUUGUGUGGAUGGAUACGCAUUUUCAAAUUGUAAUUUUAGUUUUUCUGGGAGAUCCCAUGAAGACAGGCUUUCUGCACCCCCAGCUCUGUGUGAAAUUCAAAAGCCAUCCAAACUACCAUCUGUUAUUGCCCUGCUAAAUUCUAAAUCUGCACUCAACAAUACCUGCUAUUAGAAAUUGUUUUGUUUCUUAGACAUUUGUUACUUCCACCAUAAUUGACAAUUACUGAGUUAUGUUUUAUGAGAUACAGUACUCUAGAAUGUCUUGGGUAGAAUUCAUGCUACACUGUAUAUUCGAACCAUGAGUUUGAGGGUAAUAUUGGAAGGUAUAGGUUUAAUUCCUUUUUCAGUGAUGUCUUGAGGAAGAAGUUGUUAAACUCGCCACAAAUGAAACCCUAUGGCCCACUCUGUUAAAAGCCCAGCAGUAUACUGCUGAGAAAGGUCUGCUCAUUCAUCCAAGCUACAAAGUUCUACUGUGUCAGUGCCUUAUUCAGCUAGACACUUAAAACGCUACGGUCUUCAUCGUCCAUCUCAAAGAGGUGGAGAUAGGCAUUAGUUUACGUCAAAAAAACAUAUAUCAUGGCCAAUGGGCAGUAGAUGUUACUUUGUUCUGUUACACCACAGUCCCUUGUCGAGGGGAGUUUGGUCAUUUAGGUUCUGUGUAAAGGCUGACGUUUUUCACACAGGAAGAAGACUUAACUAUACUGGCACCACUAAGUGACAGUCCUUUCAUUGAUAUACGUUACAUCAUUUUACUACAGCCCUUAAGGGGUUGUGCUCUUACAGUAUGAAAGGUUUUGUAAUGCUUAAGUGUCAUGCAGUGGUGUAUCAUGGCUUUUUGUCAGUUUUGCUUCUUCUGAGGAGUGUAUGUGUGUGUUAUCAGUUCAAACACUUUGAAUUUGAUCCUUAAAGGGGUAUACCACUAUUUUGGGGCUCAAUACGGUUAAAAUCGUUGCCCUGGGUUUAUAAAGGUCGUAAAGUGUCUUGUUUUUCAUGUUAGGCGUUGUCUUGUUUUAAGGAGUUAGUAAGUAUCUAAGCUAGUGAGAGUCAAUGGAUCACACAUGCUACAGUGAUCCAUUGACUUCCACUUAGCUUAGCUACAUACUCCCUCUUUUAACUUGUCUUAAAGCAAUACAAUGCCUAACG